ACCUAAUAAUUGCAUUUGCGAGCAACGAGCCGAUGAGCGUCGCGCUGAGGUGGUGUGCGCAUCACGUCAACUCCUCAGAACAAACAGAAGAGAAUCGUCAAUCAACGCGGAGUGACUUAACUUAUAAGUGACUUAAACUCACCUCAAUAUUAACUUAAUAAAAACACUUGUGAUUUACCAGUGGUGAUAAAAGCCGAUGUUAUUCACGGAUUAAUUAAGGAUUUAUCUUGAUCAACUUGCAAUGAAACUAAGAGAUUUCUCAACCACGAGCGUCCUUCUGUGGGUAGUCCUGCUGAUCCACACAGCCCAGGCGUAUGAUGUACUCACAUGCGUCAAGAGUGCGCUUGGCACAUCCGAUUGCAACCCGCAGAGAAACACAAGAUCCGCGGACGUUCAGUUGACCACCAAGGAAAUCAAUGAUUCCGUCAACAUUGCUGUCAAUUACAUCGUGCGUUAUGAAACUGCGUUCCGGUGUAUUGGGACGUUCAACGCUGAAGAAGUCCUCAACACAACAGUAGCUUCCAAUGCUUCGAAUUAUUUAAAAACCAUCAAUCGAACAAACAACAUCAAGAAAGCGUUUAUGCUACUGGGAGAUCUCGGGGAGUACAUUAAAGAAGUGGAGGCGAAAACAAGAGAUAAAUAUUAUCAGAUGAUUUUGUGUGAUAUGGCAUCGCGUAUUCAAGCCACGCGAUUGAUUACUUCUUCAGCGAAUCUUCCAAACAACUACACGCGCCUCAAGGAUGAAUUCAAAGUGAAUGACAGUGAAACAGAAGAGAAUCGUCAACGUAAAGUGAUCUUCACCAUUUUCGCGCAGUUGUACACACGAUUGGGGAAGUUAAUCAAUGGCACAGUGAAGAAGGAGCAUCGAAGAACAAACAUCAAACGAGUAGACAUCGAAGCUGAGAAAUUAUCAGCUAUCUACAAACAGAAAUAUCACAAUAUAACUCCGCAGAGAAAGAAGAAAAUUACACGGAAUUAUUGUAAUCUUUUGGAAGAAAUGUACGCGGUUCGACAAAUGCUCCAAGGAAAAGUUUCGACGGAGAAAAUAAAUAAUAAAAUGAACAAAGUGAAACAAAUCAUAGGAUCAGUUCGACGAUUUACAAAGAGUUACAAAGGUGGCUGCAAGAAAAUCCAAGACAAAACGCAAAAACGCCAAAAGAACGGAUGCAGAAAAAAGUACUGCUGCGAGAGUGAUACCGUGAUACCGUGCCUGCUUGGAAAGUACCAAGAACUUAAUAAUAAAUUAUACUGUGAGCUUGCCAAGACACCGGGACAAUCGGUAAAAUCAAUUAAACGAUUCAAAUGUUAGAAAUGCUAAAGUGUUUAGUGCAAAACGCGACGAACAAAAACUUUUAUUCAAAUUUUGUGGCAUUCUGUGAUACUAGUUCGUAAGAGACAACUUUCCAAAACUUAAGAUGCAGUAUUGUACAGUUCCUUAUUAUUAUUGUUUAAUUACGAAUUCGCGACGGUGAUUGACAACGCCGAAGUGAAUUUCUUUUACUUACUAGAUGUUUAAAUAUUUAUUCUAUUUAAUUAUUUAUGUAAAUUAUGAACGCCAUGUGCUUAUUUAACACGUGAUCAGUAUUUAUUUUGUAAAAACAGUCACAUAUUUAUAUCGCCAGUGUAUAAUUUAUUGAUAGCAGCUGACAAUGACAAUAACUUACUCUUGAAUAACGAGAGUGUGAUUUUGUUACGAUUCUUUGCCAUAGACUUAUACAAAUUGUACUUAUUUUUGCUGUUUUUUAUCGAAAAUGUUGGAAAAAUUUGAUACAGCGUGUAUUCUGACGAGAGAUGCAAAUCUUAAUAUACAUUUUGAACAUA